AUGAUUCUUCGUUCAUUAGAAUGUCGAUUCCUCACAAUCGCUCUUUGUGAUGCUGCGGAACCAUGGCAAUUAGGAUCUCAAGACGCAGCAACACCUAUGAUGCAAGGAAUCAUUGACUUACAUCACGAUAUCUUUUUCUUCCUCAUUCUGAUUUUGGUUUUCGUAUCACGGAUGUUGGUUCGCGCUUUAUGGCAUUUCAACGAGCAAACUAAUCCAAUCCCGCAAAGGAUUGUUCAUGGAACUACUAUCGAAAUUAUUCGGACCAUUUUUCCUAGUGUCAUUCCAUUGUUCAUUGCUAUACCAUCGUUUGCUCUGUUAUACUCAAUGGACGGGGUAUUAGUAGAUCCAGCCAUUACUAUCAAAGCUAUUGGACAUCAAUGGUAUCGGACUUAUGAGUAUUCGGACUAUAACAGUUCCGAUGAACAGUCACUCACUUUUGACAGUUAUACGAUUCCAGAAGAUGAUCCAGAAUUGGGUCAAUCACGUUUAUUAGAAGUUGACAAUAGAGUGGUUGUACCAGUCAAAACUCAUCUACGUAUGAUUGUAACACCCGCUGAUGUACCUCAUAGUUGGGCUGUACCUUCCUCAGGUGUCAAAUGUGAUGCUGUACCUGGUCGUUCAAAUCUUACCUCCAUCUCGGUACAACGAGAAGGAGUUUACUAUGGUCAGUGCAGUGAGAUUUGUGGAACUAAUCAUGCCUUUACGCCUAUCGUCGUAGAAGCAGUGACUUUGAAAGAUUAUGCGGAUUGGGUAUCCAAUCAAUUAAUCCUCCAAACCAACUAA